UUUCCAUCGCUGGAAGAACGAGGUGUUGCACACGCGCCAGAUUAUCCCGCCGCCUGCGUCUCUCGAUUGGCACCGCAACGAAGGCCCGAGCUUCUGAAACGCCGCCGCAGCCCCAGCUUCAAGCAUGUCCAAACCAAAGGUUUACUUCGACAUGACAGCCGACGGCGUCAAGCUCGGGCGCAUUGUGAUGGAGCUGCGCGCGGACGUGGUUCCGAAGACUGCCGAGAACUUCAGGGCUCUGUGCACUGGAGAGAAGGGUUUUGGCUACAAGGGCUCCGUCUUCCAUCGGGUGAUCCCAGGCUUCAUGUGCCAGGGGGGCGACUUCACCUGUGACGAUGACAUCAGAGGCUCGACCAUCUAUUGUGUUGUCGAGUGCACUGGAAAGAAGGGCGUUGACUACUCCGUCUUCCCUAUGUUCGUGCCGGAUUACUUAACGGGCGACAUCCCCCGCGGUCAUGGCACUGGAGGCAAGUCCAUCUAUGGCACCAAGUUCGACGACGAGAACUUCCAGCUGAAGCAUACUGGACCAGGGAUCCUGUCCAUGGCGAACUCCGGCAAGAACACCAACGGCUCUCAGUUCUUCCUGACAACGGCAAAGACCAGCUGGUUAGACGGCAAGCACGUCGUCUUCGGCAGCGUCGUCGAGGGCAUGGACGUCGUGAAGACGACCAAGCCAAGGGUCUUCUUCGACAUGACAGCCGACGGCGUCAAACUCGGCCGAGUCGUGAUGGAGUUGCGCUCGGACGUGGUCCCUCGUACGGCAGAGAACUUCAGGGCCCUGUGCACCGGAGAGAAGGGCUUCGGCUACAAGAACUCCGUCUUCCAUCGGGUCAUACCAGGCUUUAUGUGCCAGGGGGGCGACUUCACCGACGGAGAUGGCACGGGGGGCAAGUCUAUCUAUGGCGAGACGUUUGAGGACGAGAAUUUCGACCUGAAGCACACCGGACCCGGGACCCUGUCCAUGGCGAACUGUGGCGAGGACACUAACGGAUCGCAGUUCUUCCUGACCACGGCCAAGACCAGCUGGUUAGACGGCAAGCACGUCGUCUUCGGCAGCGUCGUCGAGGGCAUGGACGUGGUGGAGAAAAUCGAGUCCUACGGUUCCAAGAGCGGCAAGACCUCGAAGAAGAUCGUCAUCGCCGACUGCGGAGAGCUGAAGUGA